UUUCGUUGAUGUGCCACUCAGUGGAAUAGUGUUACUGCUAUGAUAGUCGCCGUGUCUCCUCAGACAGAAGGUUUACUAGGCGGUGUGAUGGUGUUACCAUUCCAGCAUCAGCUACAGAGGAGGACAUGUUGUAGGAGUAGUGGGACAGUCGUGUGUAUAUAACCAGGGUCAUUUAUUGAAACCAAACUAAAACUUAUUGAAUGGAUCAGACGGCUGGAUGUAUAUGUUAUGAUGGACGUUGUGGGGUGUAUCCGUCCGAGCUGGUUAGCUGGCCUGACUUAUGAAGAUAUUGACACAAUAGUUAUGAUAUACUUUACUUCAGGAUUUCAAAAUCGUCAUAACACCAUGAAGAUCAUCUCCCAUAAUCAUCAACUAAUGAACAGAACACUUACACAGUUCCAACAUGGAAAGGACAAUUAAUUCAUCGGAAAGAGCGCCAUCUCUAGAGCUGUACACGGCGAUUCCUCUAUCCCUAGUCACCAUGGAAACAGUCCGGUGUCGGAACUGCUCCCUUAUCAAUCAGUCCACAGCGGGUGUUAUGGAUGUUUCUAAACCUGGAAUCGUGAUAGAUGUUUAUCCGGAGUUUAUCGGUUAUGCUUACACAAUUGAAAGCGUUUUCGUUGGAAUUAUUCUAUUCUUUCUAAUUAUUCUCACAGUGGCUGGAAAUGUUAUUGUACUUAUAGCCGUAUUUUCGAACCGGAAGUUACGGACGGUAUCUAAUAUGUUCAUUGUAUCGCUGAGUCUGACAGAUCUUUUCGUCGGAACAAUAGUCAUGAUACCCGCGGCCCUUAAUGAAAUUUUCGACGAGUGGAUAUUAGCCAGAGAGUUUUGCUCGAUAUGGGUGUCAUUUGAUGUCAUGUUGACCAGUGCCUCCAUAUUGAAUGUUUGUUUGAUAAGCAUUGACCGCUAUAUCGCCAUUAUGACACCACUUAGGUACCGGUCACUGAUGACAAACCGGCGGGCUAUCCUUAUGCUUUUGGUAGUGUGGGGGAUAGCCAUACUUUCUUCAUUUGUCCCCGUGGAGAACGGACUACAUAAUCCAAAUCUGCCAACGCUAGAAAACUUGACGAUAUUUAGUGACCAACCCCAGUGUAUAUUUAUAGUGAGUUUCCCGUACGCGGUUAUAGCGGGAUCAGUGACUAUACUGCUACCCAUCAUUGUAGCCCUCACUCUGUACUGGAGGGUGUCCAAUGAGGCUAAACGACAGGCUUUUCUUGUUGGUAGCCUGAUCGCCGCGGGAAAUGUGCUUCUCGGACAACAUGUGGCUGCCAAACACAUCCGUGAACCCUUCACAAGGAAAGCCACAGUGACUCUGGGCAUCAUAGUAGGCGCCUUCGUGGUGACAUGGACGCCAUUCUUAAUUGCCAAUAGCAUUGACGCAUAUUUACAUGUGAUUCCCGUUAAGUUAUUUACGGCAUUCGUGUGGUUAGGGUAUUGCAACAGUUUAAUUAAUCCCAUCAUUUAUCCGUUGUUUAUGAGAGACUUUCGGAAAGUGUACAAAUCUAUGUUUACGAAGUGUUGUCCGUAUGUAAAGAAGAUAAAGUCCCUCAGAAAAGAUAAAGUAUAUAGGUGCAUUCCUUCUCCAAAAUGUCAACAACGCAAAGCUGUAAUAUAAGAAGCAGUGCAUACACGUUACAUUUGUAUGUUUAAUUUCACUUCAUCAAGAUAGUAUUCAAAAGCAGUAAAUAAUAAUAUUUUUUCAUGUUUUCGCUGUUAAAUUACAUAUUUUGCUUAUGGAUGUCAAAAUUGUCGCUCUAUAUUCGUAAUUACUGGUUUGUUAUUUAUACAUAUACAUGUUCAUGUGUUAAGAGGCCAAUUUGGUCAAGGAUCAUAUAAUCAUACUCUAGUUCAUUCUGUGAUAUUUAUAAUGAUAAUGUGAGAUGGGAGUGACGAAGGUUAUAUUACAUAACGUAACAGUGUGGUAAGACAGUGUGGUACCAAAGUGUGGUAACACAGUGUGGUAAGACGGUGUGGUAACAUAAAAGAAAAGCUAUAUUCUUAGCAUGAGCGAGUGGCGCGAGAGUGUGGGUUGUUUUGUUAAUGUGACAGGAGUUUGUAAAUUGCGCUUUAUUAUUCUGUAACUAUCCAAUCAUUUUAAACACAAAAAUCCUUUUCAUAAAAAUUCCAAGACAGAUGAAAACAAAUGUCCCUCUGGUUAAACAAUAUCAGAAUAGAAAUUAAUAAAAAGUGAUAAAAGUGAUUUUAGGAAUAAGAGAUAAUUCAGCGAACAAGAUAUUCAGGAGACAAUUAAGAUUAAUAUAUAUCAUCAAUUAGCCCCAAAACAACAGAUCGCAGCCCUUAAAUAAUGUUUACUAUGUUAGCAGGCUUUUAAAGUUAUUGUUCUAUUUUGAAUGAUUUAGACAACUAUUGGUAUAUUGACAAAUUAGUACCGUGUUUAGCUUUCACUGUUUUUGAUCCACUAGUUAGUUGAAGUAAUGACAUAAUAUCCCACAACCAUUCGACCUCAAUCAUCUAAUGUGAACAUCAUUAUCUGAUAACUAUUUAUCUGAUAGACCCUCCCUAUGUCGAUAUGGGUUUAAAUAACGCCCAUAAAUACCCGACUUAUACGAAGCGAAAGCGAGAGUCCCAGACAAUAGCAAUAGCUGCAGAUUGCUUUACAAGAUCACAAAUCAAAUUAUCUGUGUACAAAAAUCCUUUAACACGAGGACAGAAAUAGACGUCGUCCCACUAAGGUUAAUAUAGGGUUUAUAUAGUUACUAAAUGCGUAGGCUACGUAACCGCUGGGCGACCGACACACUAAGACUAUUUUUGUAACAUGAAGUUAAUGGCAAUUUGCUGUAAUACCAGCAUCAGUGAUAUUAUUGAUCUAGCAAUUAGAAGGGGGGAAUGUGGCGUUGAAAUGUGUGUUUUAACAUGUACGUGCCGCAUACUAUCGGAUAAGACUACGCCUUGGAUAUCAAACCUGCAUGGUUUGUGAAUGCAAAUUCAUUUUCAACUGUGUUUGUUUGUUGGAAAUACACAUAGAUAAUCUUAAAAAAAAAAAAAAAAAAAAAAGCAUUAUCUUUGUAAUUGAAUUACAAAUUAAAGAAUAUACACUAAACCUUUACAAAAUGGAGCUGGUCACGAGUCAUUUCGUAUAUCAUUUUACGAAUGACCACCAAAGGCAAAAGAUAAUAACAAGAUAUGCAGCAAGCAAUAUAAUAGUUUAAUUCAAAAAGAUAUAAAUAAGGGUAAAUCUACUAAUAUGCGAUUAAAUAAAUUAGUUCCGCUGACUCGGCAGUUUUGCUGUCUGCCACUCAAUAUUAAAGGUACUACAGCUAUUUUUACAAUGGUAUGGCCCAGUAAACUUUGUCUAUAGUAUACCCACACAGCUGGUAACAAAUUGGUUAAAUCGCCCGUGGACAGAACAUUAAACAUUUUAACAAAAGAGGACAUUACUUUCUCUCGAAAGCACUUUUAUGUAAAGUAUGAUGUUAAUUCCGUGAAUCAAUACACAACAUUUACUAGCAUGGAGGUUUAAUCUUCUCUAAUGAAAACAUCAGUUUAAAAUAUCGUUAAAAUAAGGUCUGAAAAGGCUAGCAGUGGUCACAAGGUAAUAGUAUAAUCUGGACCGUUGUCCGAGUUCAAUUAUUCACUUUGCUUUUCCGACAUUAUGGACCUUCUGAGAAGUCAUAUUCCGUUAUAGUGUAUAUACUGCAAGCGCACUAAUUAAUAACUAACUAACAGAUAGGAGUGAUGAUGAAAGGACGUACCAACAUUUUUUAAUAUAGAAUUUGUAGAUAAGGUAAUUAGCGCUAUAAUCAUUUAGUGCAGUGCUUCCACCGCGAAAAUAUGUACGUCUACAGUAAGCAAAGCUGUAUGUAAAGAAAAUAUCCAUUCUUGUAUUUUUCAUGGCAUAUGCAUCGCUUCAGUUUAGACUUCUGACGUCACAAAGGUAUACUGCGAGAAACAUUGUUACACAAUACACUGGAAAAGAAAGGGUUUUCCGAUAUACUGAAAUUUAAAAGCUUAUCCCGUGCUAAUAUUCAGUAAUGAUAUAUGCCGCAGUAAGUCAUGCAAGUCAAACUGGUGAUAUUGCUGUAACGAAAAGUCGAACUGUCAAUGUUCUUUUAGAAAACUAGCGUUUGGGUUAUCACUUAUUCCGUGAUUCAACGGAAGCAAAAUUCAUAUUAACCGUUGAAAGCGAAAUGCUGUGACCUCAUAGUUGUAGACAGUUAAAUCGUUAUUACAUCACGUGAUAACUUAUAGGACUCCGAAAUAAAGUAAUUUAACUCAUUAAUUGGGUUUUCGCAACAGGCCCGUUUCUAAUAGUUGACGCCAAAUGUCUUGAGUUUGCGAAAAACAAAAAUAAACCUAGAUUAUUUUAAGCUUAAAUUCAAUUUCAGUUCUUAUAAUGAUAAUUGAAUAUGUUCAUGACACAAAACCACAAUUACUUUAUCACAGUUCCCGCAGGCGGUAUACGUGUAUAAAUCGGGCAGCCAAAUUAUCCGUAUUUUGAUAACUUCUCCGCCAUUGAACCGCCAACAAAUAAUUGAGAUCUGAGAGUACAGUUGUUCUUAUAUAACUAGAGGAUAUGGUUAACGUGCUAUACACAGUGAACACGAGGAAUAUAUAGCCUAUCGCUAAUAUAUAUCACGCGAGUAACAGACAAUUGUAGUAUGGGAACAAAUAUUUCAUUUUCAUUAUACAAAAUGUCAUUACAAACAGCAUGACAUAUUUUAUCAAGCUUCACGCAAUUAUUUAAAAAAAAAUCUAUUUCAGACGAAUCAUUAUUUCAGAAAUCUUAAAAGUGUGACCAUCUCGGAAUUGAAAUAGAGAUAUGCUAUAAUAGAUGAUAAAGGUAAACCAAACAUCAGGUAUAACAGUUUGAAAGGUUUCUAUGAGAACUUUAAAUGUUUCUUUGUUUUAUUGAGUAAUUUCAUCUGCAUCAUAACUCUCAAGGUUAGAUAAAUGUUAAUAAAUAUUCAAUUCACAAACUAAGAAAAAGUUCAUAGACGCAUUUAGAUUACUGUGUAUGAGAAUGGUGUGUGAGGAAGAUUAUGAGUGUGUAUAUGUAUGUGUGUGAGUAUAUGGAAUGUAUUUGUUGAGAGGUCACCCAGGCUUAUCUAGCAAAGUGAUGCUUUAUUGAUAAUGAGAUCAGAUGAUGCCUGUUUUGAAUUUAUAUUAUCACAUAUAAACGUUUUAAAAGGCAAUAUUUGUUUCAUACUGCGACCAUGACAAAGUGUAGGAGAUGUUUAAUGGUGUUGUUCCAGUAGAGCGACGUCUAUGCCAUGUUGUGAUCAUAAUAAAUUGUUCUAGUCUUUCAUUUGGUUGUACUGGCGUCCAUAUAUACACACUAAUCCCUAGUGUAUCGUGAGUAUCCGUCGUUAUGUUGUUAUCCAAGAAACAAUGAUAAACUGACAAAAAUAUAAUAAAAUGCCAAAAAUUAA